UUUAUACCGACUAGCAUGGCGAAAGAGGGGUAUGGAACGGCCGGGGGCAAAGCUGCGGCUGCGGCGGCGGCUUGUAACCCUAACUGGGCCAGUCUUCAGGAGAAGCUGAAAGGCCGCAAACCAUUGGUAAGCUUGGCAAGUCUCGACAAUGGAACCCGAGCGACUUCCGCUCUCGGUAAGCGUAAGGAGAGGCCGGACACCGUGCCGGCGGCACCUCUGUCCACUCCUUCAAUCCUUGCGCCCACCUCCGAAGACUUCAGCCUGACAGAAGCUUUGGCUAUGGACUGCGAGAUGGUCGGUGUAAGUUUUCAAGGGAACAAAAGCGCGCUUGGGAGGGUCUCGCUGGUAAAUACGUGGGGAAAUGUUGUAUAUGAUGAAUAUGUUCGUCCUAUAGAGUAUGUUGUUGACUUCCGUACAAAGAUAAGUGGGAUUCGGCCAAGAAAUUUGAUGAAAGCAAAGGAAUUUUCUACUGUUCAGAAAAAAGUUGCUGAAGCAAUUAAAGGAAGGAUCCUUGUAGGUCAUGCUUUACACAAUGAUUUGAAGGUGCUAUUAUUGAGUCAUCCCAGAAAAGAUACUAGAGAUACUGCAGAAUAUCAGCCCUUCCUCAGCUGGAAUCUAUUAGGGAAGGACGCAAGAGGGCUCUUAGAGAUCUUGCUGCUGAGAUUCUUGGAGCCAAAAUUCAGCAAAAGGAGCACUGCUCUAUUGAGGAUGCCCGGGCAGCAAUGUUCAUCUACCAGAAACAUAAAAAAGAAUGGGAAAAAAACAUCAUGAAGCAGUUCAGAUUCAACAAAAAGCACAAGAACAAGCACAGAAAGAAAUCCAUGCCUGAGCAGACCCCAAAAGCUUCAUAGGGACAACUAAUUAUCUGGACAAAUAGUUCUGCUGUCAUGUUCCAGUAAGGAUCUAUGGCUCUGUAAUAGAGAAAUUCUUCUGAUCAGAUUAUUUAUAUAUUGUAGUGUUUAUGUUCAAUUACUUAA